CUCUUCCGUACUAAAUCUACUCUAUUUAGCAAAAUGAAUCGAUAGCAUAUAGCUUGGAUAACGCAAAGAAGAAAAUUCAACGUCUCCGGAGGGAAAAGAGCAUGCUAUUGGAUACCAUAUCUCGCUAUUCAGAAUUCGCAAGUUCUUCGCCCGAAGCGAGCGAUUCUUAUAGUGAUCAUUCUAUGAGUGACGUUGAAGAUGUACCGCAAGUGCCUGUCAAUAAGCCACAAAUAACUCCUUCCAAUACCUCUGCAGUCGUCCGUCAAUCCAGUCAUGCUUUGGAAACACCUCAAGCGAUGUCAUCAACCUCUAGACCUGUGCCAUCCUCUGCAAAACCGAAGCGCAUGCGCAAGGGGCCAGUGACUGUCAAAGUUCGUAGAAUACAACCUUUGGAACGGGAUCCGAUAACAAACGACUACAAAUUACCCGCAAGGAUCGGUAUUCUGACCGUGCACGCUCUUGGGCAUAUUGUAUGGCAGUACGACACUUAUCACAAUGAUCGGUACAUCUGGCCGGUUGGUUUCUGCGUAAGCAGAACCUACCUCAGCAUGUCGAACCGUGACGUUAAUACCAAUUAUGUGUGUAGUAUUCUCGAUGGCGGUGAGACUGGUCCCAAGUAUCAUGUCGUGGCCGAUGACGCUCCAAACGAUCCCAUCAUCGCGAAUUCCGCCACAGGAGCCUGGACUGUCAUUGUUAGAAGAGCAAAUGAGAUCCGAGAAAGAGAACAUUCUAAUUCAGCUUCUGGCCCAGAUUAUUACGGAUUGACACAUCCAACCAUAGCCAAGAUGAUCCAAGAUCUCCCAAAUGCGGACAAGUGCAGGAAUUAUGUAUGGCAGGAAUUUGAAGUCAUGCAAGAACGCACUGCCGCAGGUGUUGCUGCUGCUGCCCAAAAGAAACUGGAAAAUCUAGUCAAGAUGGGCUCAGCCAACAAAAAACCUCCAGGCUCAGCGCCAGGAAGAACUAGAAAGCCAAAAUAUCCCAAAGCUGGUCAACAAGUGCAAGGCCAUAGCCCAGAAGACUUCCCCAGAUCAAAUGAGGGCUCGCAAACUCCUAUGGAUGAAGCCAAGAUGGACUCCGUCGACAUGAUUGAAUCACCUUUGCAUCCAAAUCAUUCUCCUACUGACUAUGCCGCCAUCAAAGUCGCCGACUUGCAGGUUCCUGACAACCACGCUGCAGCCAAUUAGACUCUAUACGCCUGGAGACGGUGUCUCGCGCUCCCCUUGUGCGCUUGGAUCCACUGAUCCCACCCACACCCUUUGCCUUUUUCUUCACGUUUGCUUUUUUUGCUUUUUUCUCAUUCAUCAUUGUGCACUGUUUAUACGCUGGCAUUGUUUAAAGUAUGGCCAAUUUUCUGGUUGUGGUAUUUGUAGAAGACUUGUUUGACUGUUUUACCUUGUUUUCGUUCGUUUUUCUCACUUCAUAUGGCGCACAUUCCCCCCACCACUUUUUUUUUUUUAAAGCCCCAUCUAUGCUCGUUUACGUUUGCAUAGAUUGCAGGAUUCAUACCGCUUUUCAACGUUCUAUCAUGCAAUUCAAAUUGUCUCGAUAGGAAAUACUCAUCGUCUUUUCUUUUCACCAAUGCAAAAAUAAAGAAAUAACAACGGAAACUUUUACCUAAAGCUAUAUAGAAAACAUAAGGCAAAUUUCAACUCAACUAUACGUUGUAUGUUCAGGUCAGUGUG